AUGGGAAAGAAAGAACAAAAAUUACAGAAACACAAUAAUAGUAGUACAAAGCAAGAGGAGCUUCUGAAAACACUAGGGGAUUUCACCAGCAAAGAGAAUUGGGACCAGUUUUUCACCAUCAGAGGCAGCGACGAUUCAUUCGAAUGGUACGCCGAGUGGCCUCAACUUCGAGACAUACUCAAAACCCACCUCUUAUCAUCAUCUCCCCCACCGGAACCCUCCGACGGAAUCGGCGGAGAUACAGCACACGUGACGCCGGAGGAAGUUCAGAUUUUAGUGCCGGGGUGUGGGAAUUCGAAGCUUUCCGAGCAUUUAUAUGACUUGGGGUUUAGGAACAUUACAAAUGUGGAUUUCUCAAAGGUGGUUAUUUCGGAUAUGUUGAGGAGGAAUGUGAGAGAUCGGCCAGAGAUGAAGUGGCGCGUCAUGGACAUUACUAGUAUGCAGUUUGUUGAUGAGAGCUUUGAUGCAAUUCUUGACAAAGGAGGAUUGGAUGCUUUGAUGGAACCAAAGCUUGGCCCCAGAUUAGGAAAUGAGUAUUUAUCAGAGGUGAAAAGGGUUCUAAAAGUUGGGGGAAAGUUUAUUUGUCUUACCUUAGCAGAAAGUCACGUACUAGAACUACUUUUCCCCAAGUUUCGUUUUGGGUGGAAAUUGAGUCUUCAUGCCAUUCCUCUACAACCAUCUAGAAAUCAUAGACCACAACUACAGACAUUCAUGGUGAUUGCUGAAAAAGAUAAUUCUACUGUAGUUGCUCAAGUGUCAUCCUUCAUAGAUCCAUCAUCUAUUGAGUAUUCCGGAAAUCAGGCUCGCGAAUUCUUUAAAGCGGUUGAAAGAGAAAAUGAAGUUCGCACGGAAUACUCCCAGGGUUCUGACAUAUAUCACUCGCUUGAAGACUUGAAACUAGGGAGUAAAGGAAACCUGGAAGAGCUUAAUCCGGGUCGUAGGGUACAGCUAACUUUAGGUGAACCUGGAUUAUCCCGUUUCUCAUACAAGGCUGUACUUCUUGAUGCUCAGAAAGAUUCUGGACCUUUCACGUAUCAUUGUGGUGUUUUCCUUGUCCCAAAGACAAGAGCUCGUGAGUGGCUUUUUUCAUCAGAAGAAGGUCAAUGGCUAGUUGUUGAAAGCUCAAAGGCUGCUCGUUUGGUCAUGAUUUUGCUGGACUCCAGUAAUUCUAAUGGUUCAAUGGAUGAUAUCCAGAAGGAUCUCUCUCCUUUGGUAAAGCAAUUGGCACCGGGUGAUUGUGACAAUGGAGCUCAAAUUCCGUUUAUGGCUGCAAGUGAUGGAAUUAAGCAGCGACGCAUUGUGCAUAAGGCUACAUCCACUUUGACUGGCUCAAUUAUUGUGGAUGAUGUGAUCUAUGAAAAGCUAGGCGAUGAUCUCAGUCGUCGCAUUCCAUUUAAUGAUGUCAUGUUUCGCCGCCUUAUGUUUCAAAGAAGAUUACUUCCCAAUUUUCUCCAUAAGUGCCUCCCUUUUCUAGAGAUUGAGGUGGUUGAGUUAGAUCCUGUGGUUCUAGAUGUCGCAAGAGACUAUUUUGGCUUUGAAGAAGAUAAACAUUUGAAGGUACAUAUCACUGAUGGGAUUAAGUUCGUUAGGGAGAUGGCCAAUUUUGAGACUGUUGAUGUAUCAACUAGUGAUAAGAAUGAUACAGAUAAUGGAAGUUUCUCUAAUGGAAGUAGCACCGAAGUGCAUGCAGAUGGAAGGAGCUCUAACAAAAUUGACGUACUUAUUAUUGAUGUUGACUCUUCAGACUUGAGCUCUGGUUUAACGUGUCCUGCGUCAGACUUCGUCGAAGAGUCUUUUCUUUCAACCGUCAAAAAUUCACUCUCCGAGCAAGGCCUAUUUGUCAUUAACUUAGUCUCGAGGUCCUUGGCUGUUAAGGAUAAAGUUUUCUCAAGAUUACAAACGGUAUUUAGCAACAUUUUCUCCCUUCAGCUUGAGGAAGAUCUGAAUGAAGUUAUAUUUGCACUCAAGGACUCUCCUAUUGAAGAAAAUCAAUUUUCCGAAGCUUGUGAUGUACUUGCAAGAUUAUUAGAGCUCGAAAAACCUGAGUGGAGUCGAAGCAUCAUAGAUGGCACAAAAUUGAUCAAACGACUGAGAUGA